AUGGGCCAGAUUUUAUCCAACACUGCCCGUCUUUUUCAACGUCCUUCAUCUAGUGCCUUCUCCGGUCGUGACUCAUCUCUCCGAGAUUGGAUCUUAACCCACUGCCAGUUUCUACAUUCACGCAUUCUGAGCGUGCCUACCACCACCAAUUCAACUAAUCCCAACACUCUCGCCGCCAAGGCCGGACGCUGUUCCCCCAAUCAGAGCAGACGAUCUCCUCAUAUCUGCCUCCCACCCCCUGGUCGACCGACUGACCUCUUUCCCGAGCUGGAAUCCAUUCGUCAGCAGCUGCUAGCGCCCAAUGACUGCCUAGCCUGGGCUACUGGCCUGCGAAGACUUGCAGCGAUUCUAACCCCCGGUGUUGGUGGAGGAGGGGUGACAGAGCAGUCAGUUCAGGAGAUACCCUCACCGUUUGAAAUGCAGCACAGCGGCCUGCUGCGUGGCCUUCUGGAGUACUUGACCUCUUCAUCUGACCGGAAAUUGCGAAUCUACCUGCUCCUGAUGACCUUUGUCGGAUCACGGUACACGGACAAUUUGCACCUCCGUAACAUUAGCGAUAAUCCAAAGAUGCUGACUGCACUCUCGAAACUGUCUGCCCACAGUCCUAGUGAACCCCCCGUGAGCCCGUUUUCGGCGCUGGUCAGUUGUCUACUCGUCUACUUGCACCAACAGGAGCAUUUUCAAGUUCUAACUGGACCCUCGCUUUCGCCAUCGACGCCCAACGCGGAAUCCACCUCUUCGUCGAGGGCUGAGGAAGCCAUUUCGCGAAUGAAGUCAAUUUUCAUUGGCGGUAGUCAACAAAACUGUGAUUCCCGGUCAAUGGAUCAUGAAGCGUCAGGUGGUAGUGUUGCUGCCAAUGGCGGUCACAGAAAUCGACGGACCCUGAAGUCCACCGCGGCUGCGUCGGCCUCUAAAUCUGCCGGAAGGACGAGCAGCAAUCAACGCGAUCGACACCCUAUUCGUCGUUGGUCCUCCUUCGUCCCCGGCUUCCUGAAACUGGAUCUUGUCUACUGCCGAUCAAGUCCGUCAAACGGUGUUUCGUCGUCUGGCGUUGACAGCAACAUGGCGCAAUCCUCCAGGUCGACUGCCACCGCGUCUCCAGACUCCGCUGCAGAGGCACUUGUCAAGGGCACCGCCUGGGAGACUCCCCCCUCAUCCAUCCCGCUGCAUGUCAAUGCUCUGGUCACUGUACAGAGUCUAAAACAGCUUCUGACGCAGAGAAUUUUCCUCGCCUCACUGGUCUCCUCCUGCUCGUCUGGAACUCGGGUCUCCGAAGCCACCGCUAAUCUUUCCUCCAGCAUUCCUACCGCCGUUAUCCCCCCACCGCAUCCAUUGGCCUUCUUACAGAAGCAUGGAACUCCC